GAAACUUUAGGCUGUGUGCAAUUUUGAACAAACGUUUUUCGGGCCCGGUCUUCACGUUGAUGUUUUAGUGGUCAUACUGCUGGCAUGGAUGGGAUUUCUAAUUUAUAAACUGCAUGGAGUCUAAUAAUAUAAAUGUGAAACCUGAACCAUUGUUUAGUAAUCUGUCCACUGGAGUGUUGUAUCCUCUUUCUGUUCACAAUCCCGGUGAUAAUCAGUUGAGUCCUUCAUGUACUGUUCUCCAAGAUGAUUCCUUUCCAAACUCAAACUCGAUCCGUAUACCUUCAGUUGGUUUUUCGCUCAAUGACUCCGAUAAAUUGGAUACUUCGACAACAGUAUGUUUGUCAUCCCAAACAAAAGCUGAAUUUUAUUCAGAAUCAGAUAAAAGCAAUCACAAUUCACUUUCUAGUUCUACGGACUCAAACACAAAGCCUUUGUCUGUCCAUUGUGCCGAGGAGUCAUCAAAUGUUUUUUCCGCGCAAUCAUCUCUACCCUCCCUCAAUUCAGAAUUUCAGGUCCCGAAUCUCCCAAGCGAAUGCUCACAUAAGUUCCCUGUACAUGCGGCUGCCAAGCCUAGUGAAGCAUUGUUUGUUCGGGCCUUAAUUGGACGCUGCAAGCGCAUCGCUCCUUUGUGGUUUCGGGGUGUUUCAUCAAUGCGUGAACGCAAUCGGGAAGAAAACCGCCGCAUGGCAUGUAACAGCGGCCAGAGCCAAAGUGAUUGGAGUCUCAUAGCAUUAAAAAUCGGGGAGAUGAAUGCUGGAAGUGAAACUGAUGCUGUAUCAAAUCUGCUCAAGAAGUUGUAUAAAGAGUUGCCCAGUGACUCAGUAUUUUGGUUUCUUAAAUGUUGGCUUGGAAGUGAGGAUACUUUAAAUGAUCCGCAUUCUUGUGUUAUAAGCCGUGGUGAUGCUAAAGGCCGUAUGCGACGCAUUGAUGGUGGCAAAGGUUCUGAUAAAGUUUGGAGAUUAGAUACAAUUGUUGGUAUGCUGUAUCAUGGUUUACCAAUGUCCAGUACCGAUACCAACAUCAUGGUUCAUACAUGUGAUCAUGAAUUAUGCGUUCGACCACAGCAUAUUCGAUUCAGAGCUAGUUCAGUAGCGCUUGUUGUGGUUUUAAAGGCAUUGGCUCAAGCAGGUUACACCAUUAUUCCACCGUCGAUCGCUGCCAAUCCUGAAGGAAUUGCUCCUAACGUACCGGAUGAAUAUGUAGAUGUAUUUGGGCCUUUUUCUAUAGAACAACUUCAACAAUAUAGAAGUGAAAACUUAAAUCCUGCCAAUGAGUCUAUAUCUAAGCUUACUUUAAGUGCAUCUGAUCGUGACUUAAUCGAUCUGGUUCCAGUUAUUAAAGAUGCUUUACAGAAAUCUGAAACUACAACUACAAUGACAACAACAAUAACAACGGGAUCGAUGAAUUUGAACCGCGCCAAUUCAUUUCCAAAUUCAUAUCUAUCCUAUGGUGGUUAUCAUAAAUCUCAUAAAUUAGAUCCAUUACAUGAAUCAUUAACCAUAACAACUACAAUUAAUAAUUUUUCAUUGAAUACAAUUAAUUAUACUAAACAACCAUCACCUAUAUAUCAACAUUCAAUAAAUGAUUUCAAUCAUUCAACAUUAAUAUGCUCUACAAAUAGAAAUCAUUCAAUUCAAUCUAAUAAUAAUGAUUCAAUGAUCUAUUCAAAAGAUCAUAAUGGAAUUCUAUUAAAAUCUGAACGUUAUAGUUUAAAACGACCAAGACCAGUAUCACCUAGUUCAUUUCCAUCAUCACCAGCAAAAAAUUCAUAUCAUUUACAUUCUUCAUCAAGUCCACCUUUACUUAUAUCUGGAAUACCAUUUAGUAAUAAUAGUAAUAGUAGUAAUAAUAAUACUAAUACUAAUACUACUACUAAUAAUAAUACUCGAAUUUCACAAAUUCAUCCACAAAUUCGUCGACCAUCAGAUUCAACAUUAUUAACCAAUGGGAAUAUUUCAUCAUUGAUCUCAAAUAAUCCUGUUAGUUCGACAUGUGCCAAUAUUAAUAAUAAUACUUCAAGUGCAUUUUAUACUUUUUCUAUGCAUGAUAAUACUUCUGCCUUAUCUAGAUCACUUCAAUGUGCUAAUAUUAUUAAUACUCCUACUAAUGCUACUAUUACUAGUAAUACUACUGCUACGACUUCGAUGGUUAUCUCUACUUCGAAUAGUCUAUUACCUCAUUCUUCUCCUAACUCUCUUGUAUCACGAUCUAUUAAGAAUGAUCAAGAUCAGUCAAUGCUUCAUCAUCAUCAUCAUCAUUUCCAUUCUGACCAAUCAUUAUUCCAACGACAACAUCAAGAAGGCGAAGAAGAAGAGAACGAUGAUGACGGCGAUGACGAUCAUUCAUCAUCACCAUUUCUACUUCAAUCGUGCACUACUAUGCAACAACAACAACGUCAUUGUAAUUUAAAUAAAGAUGGCACAUUCCUUUGUUCACAACCGUAUCUUGGGUUAAUAGUCAAUAGUGGUUCAGUGAAUGGCUUACAUAUAUAUCCAUCUUCUGUUAACAAUACAUUAAAUACAACUACUAAUAACAAUAAUAUUAAUACAACAAUAUCUUGGAUGAGUAGUUCCAAUUACUCAUCUAGUGGGAAGUCAACACCUCGGCAACCGGCGAAAAAACGUCCUGAAGCUAGAACACCAACUAUAGAUGGUUCAUUAGAUGAAAACCUACUGUCAUAUCCUCUAUCAAAUUCAUUAACUAGCAACACCUCAAUGUUGACAACAUCAACAGCAACCGGAUUAUGCAAUUUUGAUGAUUCACAUUCACAUUUAUCAACAACACCUGUAACAUCAUCGACAGAAUCGACAACGAAUACCUUUAUGGUACAUCAUAAAUCACCAUUCGUCCCAGUGCAUAGUAGAGUUGGUCGUCCCAGUUCAACAGAACUAACUCCUACUAGUUUAAAUUAUAUAAAUGAUGAUCCCGGUUCACAUUGUCUUUCAUCAUUUACAACAACUAUGACAGUCAAUAAUUCACCAAAAAAACAAAUUUCAGAAAAAUACCAAUUAAUAACCAAUGCUACAAAUGUCAAUUUCUCAUCGACACAUCAUAAUACCAGUGAUCGUAAUGUCGACAAAGAUGAUGAUAAUGAUGAUGAUGAAGGUGAAAUGGAUCAAGAAUUAGUUGAUAUUAUGGUUGCACGUAAUACUGCUCCAACUGUAUCAAAUUUUUCAUCAUAUUCUUCAUCGAAUUUACAUAAUUCAUUUAAAUCACAAAUUGGCCACAAUCAAAUCCAUCCGCUUCUGUUAAAUUAUAACAACAAUAAUCGUAGUAUUACUACUACUACUACUAAUAAUAGUAAUAUUAAUAAUCGACAAGAUUUACUAAAUUCUGAUGAGAUUGGUAGUGCUAGUCCAAAUGGAAGACGUGUGAUAGCUGCAAUUGUUGCUGCUUUAGCGAAUGUCAGUGAAUCACCAUUAAUGAUGGAGAGUUCAACUCCAGUUAAUAAUUCACGACGAAGUGUAUCAGCUUGUAGUCUUCCACAUAUCGAUGUUAAUGCAUUAAAUGAAGAUUCAGUGGAUUUAUUUUCACAUCAUCAUAAUCAUAAUCAUCAAAAUAAUCAUAUUAAUGGUAAUUUUAUAACGAAUAUACAUCAAAAUCAUAUUGGUCAAUCUAAUAAAAAUAAUUCAUUAAAUGGUAAUAGUGAAUGGAAUUAUUCAAAUAAAUCGAUAACUAGGAAAUCAUUAAGAAUGGGGAUUGGUGAUGAACAACCAUUGACUCCACCACCGCCUAAAUUAAUGUCAUCAUCAUCAUCAUUAUCAUCAUCGUCAAGAAAACUUUUGACACCUUUAUCAGGACCAAUGGUAAGAACAACAACAUCAACAGUUUCAUUACGGAAUGAAAUCAAUUCAUUUACUGAUGAUCAUGCAACAUUAGACAUUAUUCCUAAAUUAUCACCUAAUGUUAAUUGUACUAUGAAUGAUGAUGAUGAUGAUAAUAAUAACAUUAAUAACAACAUUGGUGAAUACAGUUUGAGCAGGAAAGAUUCAUCUCCUCAAGAAUCAUCAAUGCAUGAAUUGGCUACUCUACUUCGUAAUUCACCGGCUUCAGGAAUUAGUCAAGAGUUGAUUGAUAUGCUUGCUAACAUGGCUCAACAAUAUGGAAUGCAACAAUCACGUACAGGUAGUCGUGCUAGUCGUAAGUGAAUAUUAUAUAAUUAUUUUUUUCAUUGUAUGUCAUAAAUAUUAACAUUAGGUUAUAGUUUUUGUAACAAAUAAACUAGAACAUGUGAUGUGAAUGUGUAUAUAAAUGGUGCGAAUGGUCCACCAGGGUGCUUGAUACCUGUGUGGUUGCACCAUAGGAUUGAGUUGUACUAUUCAGAUUGUAGCGUUAAAGCAUAUAUGAUGUCUGGUUCUCCUGUAAAUCAGGAUUGAGCCGUACUAUUCGGGCUACAAAUUUUAAGCCUGUGUAGUGUCUGGCUCUCCUGUUAAACUAUAUUGUCUAGGUUGUCACGUGAAAGUCUGGAUGGGGAGAGUCCACUCUCCCUCUCGAAAUGCUCUCACAUGGCGUAUAUAGCCUCUACCAGGGAAGUCCUACUCACUGCCUUCUCGUGGCGGGGGUGUCGUUUACGAAAUUGAUAGGACGAAAAGCGAAUGUCCGGCGCUUUAACUGGGUUGGUGGAUACGGAGAGUCCACCUAAAGGAGUUGGAAAACCCUGAUUCCGAACUAAUGGUUCAUAUGGACUCCCGUAUCCUGAAAGAACAAAUGGGGCAUGAACCAAUCGUUGGUGACCGGCUACCAUGGGACUGCGUCCCCUGACGUUGCUCCACUGCCUUUUGUAUCAGACCUUUAGGUCGAAGGCUCUGGGCGUGGCCCCCCAAGAAAUCCAUCUGCUUAAGUCUGGGCACCCGGGCAGUAUCACAGCCCUCACACAAAUCAAAUGAGAUUUGUAUGACUCGUAUGUAUUACCUGGUGCCCCCUUGCUCUGUUCUGGUUGUCACGUGAAAGUCUGGAUAGUGCCCGGUUCUCCUGGAAACCAAUGUAAAAUUACCUCAGCCUACAAGGGUGUAUUAUAUAACUGUAUAGUUUAUGUAGUUGGGAAGGGUUGGACAAUCCACGUGUUUAUUGUAAGAAAUGGUUGGAGAUGUUGAUAAAGACGUGUUCACGACACUUAUUCUUUCUUCUUAAAUUUUCAGUUUUAAAAUUAUUUCUAACCCAGGACCUUCGGUCUCGCACGCAAACGCUUAACUUCUCGACCACUGAACCGGCAUCCAUUGGUGUUAAUGUCUUAUUUCAACCAAUCCACGUAAUUACGCGACCAUCUUCCAUUGUACUGAGAUCGAUACCUGUCUCUACCUGACACGGAUUAGCUCCACUGAUCACGGCUUCUCUGUAAUGACAAUCCCGUGAUGAUUUCAUCUCAUUUAUGUUUCUGUAUAACAAUUACUGUUUUCUGAUUGGUUAUCAUCAUCAGCUUUCUAACUUUCGUAUAUUUCCCAAGGUCAUGUUUUGUUUUACUCUAUACAAAUUUGUUUUCAUUCCAAUUUAAUCUUUGCUGAAUAUCAUAAUCUUCUUCUUCUUCUUCUUCUUCUUCUUCUUCUUCUCCUCCUCUCUCUCUCUCUCUCUGCAUUCUAAUCUCUUCUCUUGGUAUCUUCAUUGUUUGGAGACUAUUGUUAUUGGGUUUUGUUUUUCUCUGAAAAAAAAAGAAAAAAAAUCACAUCAGUUCAUUCGUAAUUGGUAAAUUACUUUAAUUAUUAACAGCAUUAAAGUAUCAUACGAAGUUUUCAACAACAGAAAAAAAUUUAACAGAUGAGAGAAAAAUAAUGAAACAACUAGAUUAGUAUGAUUGAUUGGUACACACAUAUAUAUUUGUGUGUGUAUGUGUGUGUGUGUGUGGUUGUGAUUGGAGGGAGAGUUCACAUAGACACAGGAACACAAAGGCACCUAAGUUUGUUUUUUUUUUCUUAAAAAAAUAACAUUCAAAUAAUAAGUUCCUAUGACAACAAUGAGUUAGUCUACAUCUUUUUUUUCAUUAGUAAUCACACCAUUAAUCGAUGAACAUUUCAUGACAGAGAGGGAGAGAGAGAGAGGGUUCACCUCUAGUAGGGGUGGUGAUAUAAUAUUAUUGAAUUUAUCAUAAAUAUAUAUACACAUAUUAUAACAUUACAUGUAUAAACAUGUGAGUAGAAAAUCUUAUAAGAAUCCAUUUAUUUACUGCUAUAUGAUUGAUAUAUGAAUGUAAUGUAGAAAGAAAGAAAGAAAGCAAAAAAGCAGUACGUGUUCUGAAGGUAGGUAAGUAGGUAGGUAGGUAGGUAGGUAGAUGGAAUGGAAACAGCAGACAAAAAUACAUCCAUAUAUAACACAUAGAAACUCAUAAAACGAUGUGUAAGAUGAAUAAACUAAAUAUGCAAUGUAAAUUGUAUAAGUCAUAUGGAAUGUAAUUCUGAGUCAUGCCUUAAGAUUAUAGAUAUGGAGAUAUAUAUAUAUAUAUAUAUAUUACAUGAUAAUUGUUAUUAUAAACUAAUCACUAAGAUUUCUAUCUCUUUUCAUGAUAAAAUAUUAUUCAUUAAUGAAGUAGUAGUAGAGUUGGACGGACUUCAAUUUUCCCAUGAUUGUUAUGUGAUAGUCUACAUUCUGAAUGGAUCAAUUGGAUAUUUACCAUUUACACUUAUAACCUACCUGAAUUCGAUAGUGUUUAGUAAUGGAAUCAACGAAUUGUGUUUUGUUUUAUUUUUAAGACUAAAAUUUCUAGAUGUUACUGCAACUUAAUAGUGUUGAUAUUCAAAUCGGAACUCGAACUUAGUAUCUUUCAAUUCAAAUGACCACUGUGUUGUUUAUUGACUUUUUGAGUUUAGUUAGACAAGUCACUGGCAUUUGCAACAACGAUGUACUAUAAUUCAGUUGUAAGUGUUUCAAUCUCUCCGUUGUCGAUGCAGGGUAAAAGGUGCGUCUCGGAUUGCACUGAUAGCCACUAUCUAACUCUGUGUAAUUAUUAGCUAUUACUUUUAUGUUGUAUAGUUGAGGUAGUGUGUUAUGAUGAUGUAAUCAGGCUAUAUUAUCUGAGAUACUUGUUCGAGGAAUCCAGGUUGAAUGACAAUUAGACUAAAAGAUGCAAAUUCAAGGUUUAAGGGAUGACAUCGUAUUGUUGAGUAUAUUAAGCGUAUGAUUGUCCCUCACCUGAUACUGCCAUCACAUAACGUAAGGAACGGAGGUCUAGAAAAAGUAGGUUGUAAAAAUAAUAUAUCUCACAUUGUUCACUUCGUUGCUGGUAGGAAGGCCUCAUAGGUACGUAUAUCGAGUCGAUAAAUUAAGAACUACCUCGAAAAGGCUAUGUGCAACCAAUCUCAAGCAGUUGUCUCUUCUCCUGGAUUACAGAAUCAGACUACCAGAUUGAUGAUGGGCACAUGUCCACUUUUUUUCUACUAUCUAUGCUUCACAUUUAUGUAGUUCUGUUUUUUAAUGGUUUUUUUUCUUUAAGGUCCAUCAAGUCAAGUUGCUCAACAUUUUUAUCGAAGCCUAGUUAAUGGUUCUGUAUGUGGUUCACCAUUUCCAAUAACUCCUGUUGGUAGUUCUACUUCAUCAACAUUUAACUUUCUUCAUACACCUAACAGUUGUGGCGGAGUCAGUGGAGUAGUAAGUGGUGUCUCUGUAGGAGGUAUUGUCAGUUGCGAACAAAACAAUAAUAUAACACCAUUGAGCUAUUGUCAUCAAACAAAUGGAUUAACUACUACCAUUACUGAUAAUAAUAGCAGUAGUUAUUCCACGUUACCAACUAAUCAUUUGCAUAGUUUUAGUUUCACUCC